AUGCCCUUUAGGGGAUGGGCUAUAGAUUUAAUUGGCGAGAUCCACCCGGCCUCGUCGAGGCAACACAAGUAUAUAAUCGUAGCAAUAGAUUAUUGUACUAAAUGGGUCGAAGCCAUUCCACUACAUAAUGUAACACAAGAAACAGUAAUCGAGUUCAUACAGAAUCACAUUGUGUAUCGUUUUGGGUUUCCUGAAUCACUCACAACGGACCAAGGUACAGUGUUCGUAGGACGAAAAGUAGCGACUUUUGCAGAAUCUUGGGGCAUAAAGCUUUUGACCUCGACUCCUUACUACGCUCAGGAAAAUGGCCAAGUGGAGGCCGCCAAUAAGACUUUAAUUAGCCUGAUUAAAAAGCACGUGGGUCGAAAACCGAAAAGCUGGCAUGAGUCUUUAAGCCAAGUCCUAUGGGCUUACAGGAAUUCACCAAGGGAAGCGACAGGAGCAACACCUUUUCGACUGGCCUAUGGCCAAGAAGCGGUAUUACCAGCAGAGGUAUACUUGCAAUCGUGUAGGAUUCAAAGACAAGAGGAGAUUCCUAGUGAAGACUACUGGAACAUGAUGCUAGAUGAAUUGGUGAAUCUCGACGAGGAGAGACUCCUAGCGCUAGACGUCUUGACCAGGCAAAAGGAUCGCAUAGCCAAAGCCUACAACAAGAAGGUUAGAGAUCGAUCUUUUGUCACGGGGGAUUACGUUUGGAAAGUUAUUUUGCCAAUGGAUAAAAAAGAUAGAGCUUAUGGAAAUUGGGCCCCCAAUUGGGAAGGACCGUUCAAAGUCGAGAAAUCAUUGUCUAAUAAUGCUUACUUGAUUAAAGAAUUAAGCGGCCAACGUCGACAUGUUACAAUAAAUGGAAAGUACCUAAAAGCGUAUAAGCCAAUGCUGCAUGAAGUCGAGAUCAAAUAA